GUUAUUUUACCUACUCCUGCUCAGCAGUGGCGGCGACUGCUGCAGCAGCACUCGGCAGUCAUAAACGUACGCCAGACUCCGACGCACCACGUACGCGCGUAACCGUCUCUCGGCUGCUAUCAUAUACCAACACGGCCAUGCCGGACCGCGGUGGUCAUCGCGAGUCACUUGCGUAGUCGCGUACGCAUCGUCGUCGUCGGUCGUACCCGGUAAUACACAUAGACCGGUGUAGUGUUAUAAUAGUGCCUAUACCUACGUCGUGCGAUCACAAUGAUAUAUUAAACAAACGACGAAAUUGCCGCUCACUGUUUACACUCAUUAUAAUAAUAUAUUGUGCUCAUUACUUACGCGGUGUGCGUUUUUUGAGCGAUCGCCACGAUAUAUCGUCCACCUACUUGGACAGCGGCAAGCCGUUGUCGCGAUUAUCUAGUUUCAAAAAGUGUAUCGCGCCCGCCGAAUCGUCCGGCUGCAUGCCAUAAAUCAUAAUAAUUUUAUGGUAAGCGCGUAUCGUGUUCGGGAAUAUGUGAUUCUGUGGUGUACCUAUAAUACAUCUUAUAAUAGUAUGCGAUCCGCUGUCCUCUCGUCGACCUCCGGAUUUUUGACGCCGAACCGCCGUGUGUGCACCACGUAUUUGGAUUUUUCUCCAACAGGUAGAUAAUGCCAAAACCUUGGAAUGGUGGAUCUGAACCCGGUUGAGAGACCGAUGCUAGAAGAUGGCCGGACGGCACUGCACUACGCCGCUUCGACGGGCGACAGUGGCUCGGUCGCCGAACUAUUGGCCGCGGGGUCCGUGGACGCCAACGCCCAGGAUGCGGUCGGUUAUUCGGCCGUGCAAAUCGCCGCGGCCGAAGGUCACCUGGACGUGCUGCAGCUGCUGUUGCGACACGACGCCAACGUCAACCUGCACGACAACCUGCAUGGCAAUACGGCCCUGCACGAGGCCAGCUGGAAAGGUUACAGCAAAACAGUGGCGUUGCUCGCAUCUUCCGGCAGUGACUUGGACCGCAAGAAUUAUGGCGGAUCGUCUGCAUUGCAUUUGUGCUGCCAGAACGGACACAACCAAAGCUGCCGGGAACUCCUACUCACCGGAUGUGAUCCGGAUGUCCAAAAUAACUAUGGUGAUACGCCACUUCACACAAGCGCCAGGUAUGGACACGCCGGAGUAUUGAGAAUAUUAAUAAGUGCUCAGUGUAAAGUUUCCGAACAAAAUAAAAAUGGUGAUACGGUACUGCAUAUUGCCGCAGCUAUGGCCAGGAAGAAAUUAACUAAAAUAAUUUUGCAAGCUAAAUGUAAUAUUGCAUUAAAAAAUAAGCAAAAUGAAACUGCCAGAGAUAUAGCAGAACGUAAAAAUUUGACUGAUAUUUUAGAAAUUUUAAAGAAUCCCAUGUACAAAAAGAAAGGUAGCAGUUCAAAAACGAAAAAAGAUUCAAAGGAUAGUAAAAAACGAACCGAUACGAAUAUUAAAAAACAAUGGUCUCCUUACGGUUGCCAUUAUUUUCCGGAUACCAAGGAGUUCCCGAAACCAAAGUUGAACUCAUUGCCUGAAGAACCCUUACACGCAGGGGAACAAUAUUAUCUAGACUUGGCUGGAAACAUUAGAAAAGGACCAGUAGGAGUAGGGUACACGUGUUAUUGUGCGCCCUUUUUCAAGGAAUUAGAAGCUCGAUUAGACCACAAUACGAAAAAAUUAAAACGGCAGAUUUGUCGUACCGAAGAUAAUAUUAAUCGGAGAUUGUGUUCCGUUGAGAAACAGCUGAAGCGAUCAAAUGAAAAGCUCCAACAGGUGGCUGAAGAAGUGAGCGACAACGACAGCGAGUUGGAGAACCGGUUUCGAACAGAAUGUGCUAUUGAUACCACGGUCAUGGACCCAAACUUACGAUGGCGAUUGGACUACCUGACAGCUCGACGUCACGAUGAUAUACCAUGUAAUGAUUCUGGAUAUAGCACCAAAAUGUUUAGUAACUCCCAAGGCCCAUCACCUUCGUUGUCCAAUUUAAUGGAAAAUGGCACGGUACCUGUCAUAGAAAGCGGUAAAAUGCCAAAAUCAUUAAGUGUAUUACCUGACAACAACAACAUGGAAAGUAUUGUAUGAUCAAAACGUGCCAAAGUUAUCUAAAAAUGUUUAUAUUUCGAUAAAAAAUUAAUUAUAAGGGUUACAAUUUAUUAUAAGAUUUUUUUACAUUUUUAUAUCUUAUAAAUAGUUAUACAGUGCAAUAUACAUUAUAUUUUGUUAAUUUAUUAAUUUAUUCCAUGUUAAUAAAAUUAUUCAAUAACUAUAA